AUGGCCUACGCACAGCCGGUAGAGAUCAUCAUCGCACAGACGGGGCGAAAGAUCAAACAGCCCACGGGCCUCUUCAUCAACAACGAAUUCGUCCCCUCGGUCGACUCGACAGAUGUCAUCGAGUGCAUCAAUCCCGCCACUGAAGAAGUCAUUUGCUCUGUCGCUGCAGGCUCUGAGAAAGACAUCGACCGCGCGGUGGCCGCGGCGCGCACAGCGUUCAAGACGACCUGGGGCAAGAACGUCACCGGCAUCGAGCGCUCCCGCCUCAUCAAUAAGCUCGCGGACCUCAUCGAGCGCGACGCGCAGGAGCUCGGAGAGCUUGAAGCGCUCAACAACGGAAAGCCUGUGAAGAUUGCCCGGGACUUCGAUAUUGGCGAUAGUGUCUCGUGCUUGCGCUACUAUGCGGGGUGGGCGGACAAGAUUGCUGGCCAGAGCCUCGAAGUCGACAACAAGACGAAGAUUGCGUUCACAAGGCACGACCCGAUUGGGGUGUGCGGCCAAAUUAUCCCAUGGAACUACCCGAUAAACAUGUGGUCCUGGAAAGUCGCGCCCGCGCUCGCUGUUGGGUGCACAGUCGUGAUGAAGCCGUCUGAGAUAACGCCGUUGACCGCUUUGAAACUGUCCGAGCUUGUUGCCGAAGCUGGGUUCCCUCCGGGCGUUGUCAACACCGUCCCAUCCCUCGGCUCUGUUGGAGGUUCUGCGCUUGCUUCGCACAAAGAUGUUGAUAAAGUUGCCUUCACGGGGAGCACGGUCACUGGUCGCAGAGUCAUGGAAGCGGCGGCAAAGAGUAAUUUGAAGAAGGCGAGUGUUAGCCUUGAGCUAGGCGGGAAAUCUCCUCACAUAAUCUUUGAAUCUGCGGACCUUGACCAAGCUGCAAACUGGGCUUGCCUCGGCAUUCUGUACAACACGGGGCAAGACUGUACGGCCGGAUCUCGGCUGUUUGUUCAGGAGUCUAUCUACGACAAGUUCAUGUCGAUACUAGUCGCCAAGGCACAAGAACUUGUAGUUGGCGACGGCUUCGACGAAAAAAGUGGAGGAGGUCCUGUGGUCUCCAAAAUUCAAUACGACAAAAUCUUCCGUUAUAUUGGCUAUGGGAAGGAAGACGGAGCGAAGCUUGCUCUGGGUGGCGAGAAGCGCCCGAGCAAAGGAUAUUUCGUCGAUCCGACAAUCUUCACGGAUGUAAAGCCAGGCAUGAGGAUCUUCGAAGACGAGAUAUUCGGACCAGUUUUGGCAGUCACCAAGUUCAAGACUGAAGAAGAGGCCGUCCAGCUCGCGAAUGACACAACCUAUGGCUUGGGAGCGGGCUUGCACUCUAACGACGCGAAUCAAUGCAUGCGCGUUUCGAACGAGCUGGAAGCUGGAACGGUAUGGGUCAACCAAUACAACCUUCUCUACAACAACGUGCCGUUCGGCGGCAAGAAGCAAAGCGGCAUUGGGAGAGAGCUGGGAAGUUAUGCGCUCGAAGAGUACACAUCAGUGAAGGCAGUGCAUUGGAAUUUUGGCGAGAAGCUUGGUUGGCCGCUGUAG